GUCAAGAGUGGCCAACUGGCAGCCCUUCCACCACCACCGAAUGCCGUUCCCCCACAAAGGAGCAUGGCGGUCAAUCAGGCGCGCGAGCAGGGCAAGGAGGCCUUCAAGAGAAAAGAGUAUGCUGAAGCCAUCAAGCUCUUCACCCUCGCAGUGGACAUGGCCGCCUCUCGUCCCCUAUGGGAGAUGGCCGCCCUAGCCCGUGACGAGCUGGCCGUCUGUCUCUGCAAUCGAAGUGCGGCUUUUGCCGCUGUGGGGGACUGGGUCGAUUCAUACGUGGAUGCGGACGCCGUUGUUCAGCUUAAGCGACCCUGGUUGAAGGGGCAUUACAGGAAAGGGGUGGCAUUGAGGGAGAUGGGGAGGGGGGAGGAGGCGAGGGAGGCUUUGAGGGUGGGACUUCAGUUUGAUCCGGAGAGUCCGGACCUGCUCAAGGCACUCGCUGAGGUGCCGGCAAGUGAAGGAAGCAAUAACGAAAAGGCCAAGGCAUAGCAGCGUUGAGCGCUGGCGUAUUUCCCCCAAUUUGGCUACUUCACUCUGUAAUCAUAGAUGACUCCACAUCACCACACGCUGCACGUUUACUUUCUCAUCUCAUUGCUCAUCGCGCCCACGCUGCGCUUCAUCACGUCUCCUUGACAGGUGGCCUCCCCGUAUUCACGCCCAGCUUCUUUGCCAGCGUCGCAAGACGAUUAUGCUCGAGAAUGU